AUGAUAAUUGAUCAAAGUCACCAUGUACCAACUGCUCAGACUGUUUUGGGACAAAAAGGUCUUUCACGGGCUGGAGGCCUCUUCCCCUUAGAUGACUCUAUUGAAGACAGCCUGACAGAAGCUCUGAAGCAGAUUAAAAUAAUUAGUUCAUCUUUGGAUUAUCAAACCAAUAACAACGACCAGGCAGUGGUUGAAAUCUGUAUCACGUGGAUCACAACAGCAAUCAGAGAGACAGAGUCAAUUGAAAAGCAUGCCAGGGCCCUUGUGGGGCUCUGGUAUUCCUGCUUGGAGCCCAGUCUGAAACUGUCUGUGAAAGAUGAAGACACUCUGCAUGCCAAAAUCGCAUCUGAUAUUACCAGUUGCAUUUUACAGAAUUACAACUGGACCCCUGUGAUGGUAUUAGCCAUCCCCAUUGCAGUGAGAUUCCUCCACAAAGGCAACAAGGACUGCAGGAACAUGUCCAACUACCUGUCCCUGGUUGCAAUCUCCAAGGCCGACCUCCUAGCUGAUCACACGGAAGUAAUACUAAAGAGCAACCUUCAAGGAAACGCUGUGCUGUUGAGGGUGUUACCUGCUGUGUAUGAGAAGCAGCCUCACCUAAUUGACAGAUACCUGACAGAACUCCUGGCCUUGAUGUCUCAGCUGGAAGAAGAACAGUACCAUCUACUACAGCUCUUGCAUGCAGCUGUCAAGAGAAAGCACGAGGAGGUGGUUCAGAAAUGUGUUCCUUUCCUGAUCAGGUAUCUGAAGGAUUCAACCCACAAUGGCAUCAUCCUAAACAUCCUCAUAGAAAUCUCAGGCUAUGAGCCACUGGCUUUAAACAGUUUUCUUCCAAUGCUGAAAGAGAUCGGGGAGAGAUUCCCCUACCUCAUUGGUCAAAUGGCAAGAAUCUAUGGAGCUGUUGGGCACAUGGAUGAAGAGAGAGCCAGGAGCUGCCUGCACUACCUGGUGAGUCAGCUUGCCAGCAUGGAGCAUUCAUUUCCCCAUCUUCUCCUGCUGGAGAUCAAGAGCAUCACAGACACUUUCUCCUCCAUCCCGGGUCCUCACAGCAGAGACAUCUUCCGCAGGAACAACAGCUUCACCACCAUUGUCAAGCUGCUCUCCCGACAACUGCAGAACACCCAGGUCAGAAGCAGCAGGAGAAAAACUAGUGCUGGAAUUGGCUCCCCUGAGAAAUUGGGAGAGUCCAAAAAUACAAUACCAGAAAAUGAAGACCAUGACAAGCUCUAACUUAAAAUACAAGCUUUUGAAGAUAAAAAAAAUGCUGAGAGCAAUACCUCUGCCUCUAUUGGAAGAUAUACUUUGGACCAAAUAUCUAAGGAAGAAAGAAAAAGCAUUAGAUUUAGCAGGCCCAAAAGUUUGGCUUUGCAUGCUGUCCUCACAAAGGGUGUGAAUUCUAAAGAUGGGGACUAUGAUGAAAAUACAGGAAUACCCAUUAGCAUAUCUCUCUCAGAAAUUAACCCACUUAGCUACAGAAUUGGCAAGUUAUCGCUUAACACAAACACACAUGGAUCACAGCUGAGAAAUUCUCCAGCUUCCCACCCAAGUGUUAUAGAGUUGGAGAAUUUGCCAGAAACUGUUAAAGAAAGCUUCCAGGAAGAAAGUCCAGAGUCACUCACAAGUACUCUACAGUACCUGGAUAAGCUGUACUUACAUUUAAAGGCAAACUUCAGCAAAGUGAAAGCUUAUACUGUGGAAAUGGCAAAGAAGAUCCCAGUCCCAGAACAGUGCACCAUUGAAGACAUGGUGAGAAGCUGCAUCACAAAACUGUUCUUCAUCUACUCCCUGAAGGGUCACUACUGCCUAUACAGCAAAUCCAGCUUCAUCCUCAUCAGCCAGGAGACUCAGACGUGGAUCCACAUCAUGUUUCUAUCCCAACAGAGCCUGUUUCCUGAGCCCCUUUCCAUUCAGAACAGUUCUGUACAGUUCCUUAAGGCCUUGUGGGAGAAGACUCAGGCCAGGGGCACCCACAGCUUUGAAGCUGUCAUGAUGGAGUCUACAUUUCCACAGCAGAAGAUAUAUGACCUUAACCAGGUACAGCUCCAUCUGGAAGAAGUGAGGUUCUUUGACGUGUUUGCCUUCAGUCAAGCAGCAGGGACAUGGCAGUGCUUCAUGUGCAAUAACCCUGAGAAAGCAACUGUUGUGAAUCAAGAUGGCCAGCCUCUCAUUGAAGGAAAGCUUGAAGAGAAGCAGGUCCGAUGGAAGUUCAUCAAGAGGUGGAUGCGGUACUUCACACUGGCUAGGAGUCAACUUCAGUUUCAAAUAUGGAAAUCUGAUGAGUGCCGUACUCAGGCAGAGCAGAAUCAGGCCGCUCAGCCCCCAGUCCCAAUCACCUUUGGCAUGCUCUCAGGCACUGCUAAUGUGCUUUCCAUGGGCCUCCAGCAAACUGCCAUCCCUGAUCCAUAUCAGGAUCAGGUGUGGGCUUUGGGAAUGGCUGCAUGGAGGAAACUGGAGGAAGGCCCAUCUGAGGCCCCCAUCACAAGAAUCACACAAAAAGCUAGUGAAGACUUAGCUACCUUCAUAGAAAGGGUUGAAAGUUUCCCCCUUCCCCCUGUGAGACUAGUUCAUUAA